AUGGUCAGACAAUCACAAUCGACAAAGUCAUUGAUGACCUUGAUGAUUAUGAUGAUUGUCGUGUUGCUAGCGAUUAUUGUAGCGCCCACGACUUCAUCAUCAACGCCAUCAUCAUUGGCCCAAUUGUUGGCACGUGAUUACGAAGAAGACGAAUAUAUUAUAGAAGAGAUCGACACUAAAGAAUAUGCUGAUGACGACCUGGAGGCAUCAUCAGUAUUAUAUAACUUUUUGCCAUUCAGUCAGCGCGGCUGUAAUGGCCAGCCCAUUGGCGUUGGCUUUGGCUCAUUGCCAUUCCAGUGCUCGCCCAACAUCACGGGCACCUUCUUCAUCAUGCCCUCGUACAACUCGAAUAGCUACUUCAACCUGUCGUCGAACCAGGCCGACUUUUGCAACGAAGAGUUGUACAACGUUGGGUACAACACGCAAGAGUGUCAGAACAACCUGCAAGCCACCAACUCGUACUAUAUCUCGCGCGAACAAUGGCCGGUCAAGAUCCCGCCCAGCUCAUUCCUCUACCAAUCACUCUACGACUACUGCUCCAAGGUGUCGUCGUACUGGUUCGCCACGAACAACACGGUCAUCACCGAGGGCCAGACCACCACCACCUACUACUGCGACGGCAACAACGAGCCAACGAUCGAGGUGUGCGUCGGCACCAGCUGCAACGUCACACAAGUGGCCAGGAAUUGUCAAAACAACAACCCACAGCUUAUCUACUGCACAUAA